GUUAUCAUCCAAAUGAAUCCGACCCCCUGGGAAAGCUCUGGUAUGACCAGUCCUGUAGACGUCGACCGGCUUAUUCUAGCAAGACGACAGUACGUCGAACUGCACCCAACCCACAAUUCUAUCCUUGUCAACUCUUCUUUGGCAACUCUCACCUUCAAUCCUCCAAUGCCAUCACAGGCUGACGGAGCAGCCGGAGGGCAGUUGUGA